CUAUCCAUAUAUGGCAGAGGUCAGACCAAAUUAAAAUGGCGACCGCCCAGGGCCAUGGUGAAGACGCUGCUCGAGGCUCCUCCAAAGUCUUUCUUCAACGCGACUAUUCCCGUGGAACGGCCUGCCGAUUCCUAACCAAAUUCCCUCCAGAACUCAAAAAUAAGAUCGACCAAGAGACUUUUGAAGAGACAAUCAAUAAAAUAAAUGCAAUUAUGGACGAAGCAGAAAAAGUUGGUACCAGAUCAUAUAUUGAAGGAUGUCUGGGCUGUUUGACAGCAUACUUAAUAUAUAGCUGUAUGGUUACACAGUAUGACAAGAUGCUGGGGCAUUUAUCAGACUAUAUAACAGAGCAAAACCAGAAUGUAUAUGUGCCGAGAGGACUUAUGAUUACACACCCAAUGGAAAGGGGACUAAGAGUUAUUGAAAUCACGAUACUUGGUCCAACAGAACACAGAUGACCAACACCUUUACCAAGUCACAUUAAUAUUCAUCAUGUUGUCUCCUCUUAAACAAUACUAAUGAUUAUACAUGUAAUUGAAUUAUACCUGUGCCUUAAGUCAUAUAUCAACUUGUAAUAAAGGAAUGAACACUUUCAGAAAAUAUCUUUCAGCAUUCUCCUAAAAUAUGAGGGAAUUCAUUCCCCAUCCUUUGCCAUUAAUCCUUCCAUUUUCGUUAAUGGAGCAUUACCAAGAUGUAAAAGCCUCCCCCUCCCUCCCCUCCCUCCCCUGCUAACUGUUAGCCUUGAGAUUGAUGGAUGUAUCUUCUGAAAUUGUACUGUUCAUUGGGUAUUAAGUUCUAAGUUUAUUAUAUUUUCAUGAUAUACUUAUUAAACUAAUAUACCUAUAAAAUGUCAGCCACUGGGGUUGUGUGGUGGACAACCUGGGGAAUUUGACAGUAAGAUAUUCAUAUUACUAAUUUCCCUUCCCCUCGUUCCAAGGGUAGGGGAAUUGACAUUGCUGUCAUCAAGACUUGGAAGCUGGAAGUGAGUUGAAAGAAAACAAGGGGGUCAGGACUCCUCUUGUUGAAAAAUCUUGUAUCCACCCGUUCCUUAAAUACCUUUUAUUUUUAACUUCGUUCCACGUUGUGUUGUUUAACAUGUUAAGAGCAGAUCUAACUUAUGUAGCAUUUUCUUUAAGAUUAACAGCAAUUUUUGAAAUGUAAGAAUAAAAUGAAGCACUUCUGAUUCCAUAUACAUUAGUAAUAAUAAUGAUGAUGAUAAUAAUGAUUAUUAGUAUAUGUAAAAAGACUCCAUGCUGUCCAAGUAAGAAAUAAUUGGAUGAGAAAUAAUUUAAUGUAGCCACCACAUUGGGAUUUAUUCUAGUCAAUAAAAGUGUUUUCAUUGUCAA